CGCUCUAAGCCAACGAGAACCAGAAACCCUAGAAACACAGAAAGAGAAUCUCUCUCUGUCGCGCCACCCCCAACAAUGGCGUCGUUGGAGAAGCGAUGCCUCUACGAGGUGCUGGGCCUCCCUCGUGACUGCACCUCCGACGAGAUCCGCUCCGCCUACAGAAAGCUCGCUCUCCAGCGCCACCCCGACAAGCUCGUCCAGUCCGGCCUCUCCUCCUCCGCCGCCACUGCCUCUUUCCAAGAACUCGUCAACGCCUACGAAGUCCUCUCCGACCCUCGCGAACGCACCUGGUACGAUUCUCACCGCUCCCAAAUCCUUUUCUCCGAUUCCACCAAUUCCAAUUCCAAUUCCAAUUCCAUCCCUGAUCUCUUCUCCUUCUUCUCCAACUCCGUCUUCUCCGGCUACUCCGACUCCCCCAAGGGCUUCUUCAAUGUCUACGCCGAUGUAUUUCAUAAAGUCUACUCCAACGAGUUGAAUUUCGCCAAGAAGUUAGGGUUAGGUUUGGAGGCCGUCAAAGAGGCUCCCUUGAUGGGAAAUUUGCAGAGUCCGUACAACCAGGUAUCGGCUUUUUAUGGUUAUUGGUUAGGGUUUGUGACUGUGAUGGAUUUUUGUUGGGUUGAUCAGUAUGAUGUGAUGGCGGGGCCGAAUCGGAAGUCGAGGAGGGUUAUGGAGGAGGAGAACAAGAAGGUGAGGAAGAAGGCGAGGAGGGAGUAUAACGAGACGGUGAGGGGUUUGGCGGAGUUUGUGAAGAAGAGGGAUAAGAGGGUUAUUGAUAUGCAGGUGAAGAGGAAUGAGGAGAUGGAAAGGAAGAGGGAGGAGGAGAGGGAGAAGAAGAAGGAGAUUGAGAGACUGAAGAUGGAGCGGGCGAGGGCGUAUGAGGAGCCCGAUUGGGCGAAAGUUGAGGAGAUUGAGGAUGAUAAUGAUGCAAUUGAGGAGGAUGAGAAGAACAAGAAGGAGUUGUAUUGUGUGGUUUGUGGGAAGAAGUUUAAGAGUGAGAAGCAGUGGAAGAAUCACGAGCAAUCGAAGAAGCAUAAGGAGAAGGUUGUAGAGUUGAGGGAAGCUUUUGGUGAUGAAGAGAUUGAAAAUGAGAGAGAAGAGGGAAAAGAAGAAGGGGAAUUGGGUGACAAUGGUUUUGUUUCGGCAGAUGAUGGGGUUGAUGAGGUAACCAACCAAUUUGGAGAUAGUUUUCGAUUACAAAAACAGAAUAGAGGUGAUGAUGAAGCUCAAUCUAUUGAGGAAGAAGGGUUUGUUGAUAUUGAUGAUGGUGGUAGUUCAAAAGGUGUGAAUGAGUCAUUUGGGUCCGAUGAUGAUGAUGAAGAAGCAAGUUUUCUUGAAGCAAUGGUGUCUGGGCACAAGAAUAAGAAAAAUGUGAAUCCAGCCAAGUCUUCUACAACAAAAACUCAUGGCAAAAAUGAUAGCGAUGAAAUGGAUUUUAUGGCAUAUAAUAACCUCAAGAGCACUAGAAGAAAGCGGGGAGCAAGAGGCGAGAGGGGUGGAAGAUAUGAUGAAGAAACUACUACUACGGCUGAUGCAACUGAAACCAGUGGUCAAUUUGGGGAAAAUAAUGGGCGCAAUGAUGGUUCAUGUGAGGGUGAGACUUCGUCUCAUGCUUUUGUCGAAAAUGAGAGUAAUGGUAAAGGAGAUGAUCAAUUAGGAAAAAGUAAUGGUAAAGGAGAUGAUCAAUUAGUAAAGAGUCAUAAGGUUCCAAAACAACCUGUUGACAAAAAGGGUAUGCCCAAGAAAGACGCGGCCAAGAAAGAAGUGAAUGCCAAAUCAAAGAACUCAUCCAAAGGGAAGAAACAGAAGGCCACAUCAAAAGAUUCUAGCACUAUAUGUGACGCAUGCGGAGAGGACUUUCAAUCGAGGAAUAAACUACAUAAACAUUUGGAUGACUCGGGUCAUGCUACAUUAAAAUCACGGUGAGAAGGUGAUUGCUAAUUACAAGCAAAAAGUACGGAAAUUUUGGCCCAUGAAUUACCUUCCUGAACUGGGUGUAUGUGAUACUUUUUUUCUUUUCUUUUUUUGUUAAUACACCAAUUCAACAUCUGUUAUCACAAAGUCCAUGUCUAAGUUAAAAGAGUUACGGAAGCUUCUUCUUCUAUGUUGGUAAGCUCAAACACAUAUUAUGUAGUUCAAAAGCAGGCUUUUGCUUUUAAAGAUUAUGUUUUUGAGUUCAAAGUGAGGGGAGGAGAGAUUGUGCAAUUCUGUUUAUGAAUUGCGAUUUGUUGUAUUUUUUAUUGAAUUUUGAAUAAUAAAUCUUUACUUUUGAAUAUACAA